CAGAACUCUCGCGAUAGGUGAGACGAAAAUUCCCGGAAGUGAUUCUCCGGAAGCAGCGUGAUCGCUCCCCAGAUCUGUCCGGGCUGUACGCGCUGAAUCGCCUGAUACCAUGCAGUCAGAUGAUGUUAUCUGGGAUACACUAGGGAACAAGCAAUUUUGUUCCUUCAAAAUAAGAACCAAAACUCAGAGUUUUUGCAGAAAUGAAUACAGCCUGACAGGACUGUGUAAUCGCUCAUCCUGUCCCCUGGCAAACAGUCAGUAUGCCACUAUCAAAGAAGAGAAAGGACAGUGCUAUUUGUAUAUGAAGGUUAUAGAAAGAGCAGCUUUUCCUAGGCGUCUCUGGGAACGGGUACGGCUUCAUAAAAACUAUGAGAAAGCACUGGAGCAAAUAGAUGAAAAUCUCAUAUACUGGCCCCGUUUCAUUCGACACAAAUGUAAACAGAGAUUCACCAAAAUCACCCAGUAUCUAAUUCGAAUCCGAAAACUUACACUAAAGCGACAGAGGAAACUUGUUCCUUUGAGUAAAAAGGUGGAGCGGAGGGAGAAAAGAAGAGAGGAAAAGGCACUGAUAGCUGCUCAGCUGGACAAUGCCAUUGAAAAGGAAUUGCUGGAGAGACUGAAACAAGACACGUAUGGCGACAUCUACAACUUCCCCAUUCAUGCCUUUGACAAGGCCCUAGAACAGCAGGAGACAGAGAGUGACUCUUCAGAUGCUGAGGAAAAAGAUGACGACAACGACGACGAGGACAAAGAUGUGGGAAAAAGAGAGUUUGUGGAAGAUGAUGACAUGGAUGAGAGUGACAUAAGUGAUUUUGAGGAUAUGGAUAAACUAGAUGUGAGCAGUGAUGAAGAUCAGGAUAAGUCCUCUAGUGAGGAAGAAGAAAAGGCUCUUGAUGCCAAACACAAAGGCAAAACACCCUUGAAAGGACCUUUGCAGAGAAAACGAGCCUACGUAGAGAUAGAGUAUGAGCAGGAGACAGAGGCUGUGGCCAAGGCCAAAGCCACGUGAUUUCCCUCCGGAUGUUUAUAAACAGGACUGAACAUUUCGAACUUCUCUUAAGCACACACACCACUGGUUUUUGCUUUUAUAUUUUAACACAGUUUUUGUGUUUUUACUAUUUAUGCCACUUCUGUGAGGCAAGAAAUCUGGAAGCAGAGGAAAGCCUUGAAUUGUGAACAGAGUAUUUUUAUAGCAUUGGCAUAUGAGUUGAAGUUAAUAGCUUCAGCCCAAGAAGUUUAGUUUUAAAUGCCACCCACCCAUUUCCUUGCUGUUCUUUCCCUCCCUGCCCUGACUUCAUUUAACAAUGUCCAGACAUCAGUUUUCCCUUGUUCUCCUUUCCCUACUUUGGGAGUAAAAAAAAAAAUACCAUGUAUACACCUGAGUGGAAAGAAAAUGUCUUUAAGUUCCAUCGUAGGGAGCACCUUCAGAAACCUGCUGCACUUUCCUGAUACAGUUCAAAACCUUGCUAUCUUCACAGCUUUGGGAAAUUUUGGCCAGGAGAUCCUGAAACAUGAAACCAAACAGGAUUUGAACUUUUUUUAAAAAUUAUUUUUCUCCUUUUACCUUUGUUCUUUUUUGGACCACACUCAAAAGAAGGAAGGACACCAGGGGACAGUUCACGUUAACAGGUGUAAUGUUAAAAACUGUUGGCAUGUUUGGAAAUGUCCUGUUGGCUUAUGAAGAAGCAACUUAAUACCAACCAAGGCAAAUAGAGUGGAUCUAGCGUUUAAAACUGCGUGAGAUUAAAAAGCUAAGAUGAAAUAAUUUGAAUAAACUGAAAAGAACAAACUAUACUAUUUAUAAAUAUUUUUAAGAUAUGAAUUUCUUACAUGCUGCCUUGUGAUUUUCAAUGCAAGAUUCCUAAAUGGAGUAAGAAAAAGGCAAUCGUUUAUUAUAUAUAAAUAUGCAUAUAGUUACCACACUGCUGUGGCUUUGAGAAGUUAACUUGUGGAAUAUGAUACCAAAGGAAGUAUUCUCGUGGAUAAAUAAAAAUAUGGAAGAACAGUUGCCUCGGAAAAACUAGGAACAUUUCUGGUAUCGAUUUAUCUGUAUUACCCCUUGGUGGCUUAUAGCCUAUUAUUUCAUCUCUUAUUUUUGUUUUUUUUAAUUCAGACGAGUAGAACAGAACUUAAAUUUUAGAAACUCUUGAUCGUGAUCCUUUUGCCCAUCUGUCCUGCUCCCAGAGACAUCUGAUCCUCUUGCCUUGUGACCUAAAGUACUGAACAACUUUAAAGGAAGAAUAAGGUAUUGAUCCAACUAUUGAUGGCUAAAGGGUUGGCAUGUGGAGACCUGAACCUUCCAUGUUCAUUUAUAGACUUGGUCCAGCUUGUGAAUAGUAAAUUAUAAGCAAUCACAGGAAGUAGCUAAGAAUAAUGAGAACUGUACUGAGUUGCAGACUCUCCCUUACCUUCACCUGUCCUUGAGAGCAGUGAUCCAGGAGAAUGAGGCAUUCCGUGGCCGCCUCUAACAAGGCGCUCUUAACAGGCUCAGGUGUAAGGCUUGGAUCCCUUGCUACAUCACAUAUCAGUUUCAAGAGAGCCUUCAAUAAAACCACAAGCCUACAGGGAACUCUGGAAGCAAGACGAAAAAAACUAUCUUCACACUCUAAAUCAGGUAUUAAAACAGAGAGGCCUCAAAUGCCAUCUAAAUGUACAGCCCUCAUUCAUAAAUGGAGGAACUUGAGUGAAAGUUAAUAACAGUGGCCACAGAGCUGGAAGCAGAACUAGAGUCCAAUCUCCAGACUGACUUCAAGUCCUGUUUUCCUCUACAGUAUAUACUCCCCUUAUGCAUAACUGGGCUUGCGUAAGAAUACCUUGCUCCCUCCAGAAGCUUGCUUCUACAGGGAAGAAACAGCCCCUCCUGAUAUGGCAGUUGGGAGAAUGGGUCUCUGCUAACCAAGGGACUAUGGCCCAGAGAAGAGGAAAUGAUCCACAGUGCUUUAACUUAUGUGAUCUUAAGCCUGGAAGUUUGUGAGAGAAAUAAGCUUGGCUUCUGGGACACUUAAGCUUCGUGUAAGUAUCAGUUUGAAUUUUGCCAUUUAAUUCCAGAUUCUAGGUUACCAUCAAUAAGCCCAACCUCUUUACUUCUACUUAUUAGCUGUUCUAAAAGUUCUUAGCUUGAUAAAAGUUCUGGAAAUGGAUAGUGGUGAUGGUUGCACAAAAGUGUGAAUGUACUUAAUGCCACUGAACUGUAUGCUUUAAAAUGGUAAAAAUCUUACAUAAUUUUUUUACACAAAAAUUAAAAGCCUUAGUGAAAGCUGAAAAGUAAUUAAACUUGUAAUGUGAAAACACAAUAAAUGAUAUUUCUGGAUAGAAAUGUGAGUGGGAGAAGAAAAGUUUGCAUCCCUUACCUUGAUCUAAAAAAAUAUUAAACAGUUUCCUAUAA